UGUGGUUGAGCUGCAGAGGUUUGUAGAUGACAACCCUGCUGAUAAAUAUAAGUGACUGUCUGUCUUGUAAAAACCUCUGCGGCUGACGGGAUCUGACGUCGAUUAAAAAUCACACCCAGGCUGCUGUUUUCUAUCUGGGUUUGAAUAUGGCUCUGUCAUUCCUCUUGGUCUUGGCUGCAACUGUGAUUCUUAUCAGACCCGAGACACCUGUAACUAAGGCCCUACAUCAGAAUUCACUGGAGUGUUGUGGCGAGAAACAGAGAGCCAACAAUUCAUGUUCAAAUGACACUCACUGUGAACCAGGAUGCUUCUUACGUGUCCUGGACAACAGCAACACUGUUUGCAUAUUCUGUGACUCUGCAGCUGUAGAUUUGGAGAACAUAACAGUCUGCACCUACAACUACACAGUGGAGAGGAAAAAUCAUACAACAGUAACUACUGUCAUUCCUAAAAUUGGAGGGCCAGGUGUGGCUGCCUCUCUUCUUCUGGGAACACUGUUGAUCAGCCUGUUUCUGAUUCUCUCUGUGGCCUCUUUCUUCUACCUCAAACGCUCCAACCGACUCCCGAGCAUCUUCUACCGCCGCAACAAGGCAUUCAUAUUCCAGCCAAGUGAGACAGCUGUCAUGAUACCCUCCUCUACAGUGAGGAAGCCAAGGUAUGUCAGAAGGGAGCGGCCCUCUGCAACUUCAACACUGAAUAGUGCCAUCAUACCCACAACAUCCACGACUCAAGUCUAUAAUGUGUAGGAGGAGGGUGGGAGUGCUGGUGCAGGUACAUAAAAGAGAAAGCUCAGGAACGAUGUUUGAUUUUCAUAUCAUGUUGAAGGUUCAGCAGUGCAGACAAAGUACGAUUGAUUAACUCAUUCUUAAUGUAGGUGGCCAAAUUUAACUGUAGCUGCUUGUGCUGCGUUCUUACCAUGUGGGCUUUUACUUUUUCUGUA